AUGAUUAAAUUUUCUUCGAAAUUUUUAUUGUUUUUGUGUUAUUUAACUAUUCAAUUAAUUAUUCUAAACAAUUGUGUUAAAGGAAGAUUAGAAAUUCUAAAGGAAGAAAUAAAUAAAAAUUAUAAAGAAAUACACAAAAUUAAUCAAAAAUCAGCAUUAAAGGCGCCCCGAAUUGUUGAUUAUAAUGGAAGUACUUUAUUAACUAACGUGACAAACUUCUUUUUUACUCCAGUCCCACAAAAUGGCUUUUUAGAGGAAUUGCCAAAUAUAAACCAAAAAGUAAAUAUUCACUCAUCUAUUAGAAAACUUGAAAUUGUUUCUCGACUUCCUUUAAAAGAAAAACAAAAAAACCGAUACAAAAGAGAUGAUGGAAUAGAAGAAGAAGAAGGGGAAGAAGGUGGAAAUAAUUUAGUAGAAACAGAUGAAGUUGAGGGAGAAGAAAAAUUGGAAGAAGAAAAAAAUGAGAAGAAUCGAGGGGUUAGAUUAAUAGUUGAUGAAAUUGAAGAUAAAUCUUUGCCUUCCUCAUCCCAAAUAAAAGAUCGUAAAACAUUUUCAAAGAAGGGGCAAACUGCUGGGAAAAAUGAAAAUGGAAAGUUAAUAAAUUCUGGAAACCGUCAAAGAGUGGCACCAUCUGUGCCGAAAAAAGUUGAUGGAAAUUCUGCAAAUAAAUCAAAUAUAAACAAAAAUUUUGUACAGCAAACAACUAAAUCAACGUUAACAAUGACAACAACAAAAAUGCCAAAAACAACAACAAUUAUAGUCCAAAAACCAAUUCCUUCUUCUCAGCCAGAAUCUAAAUCUUCCCCUAAAGAAAGACCAUCUUCCAUUGCUCAAGUGCCUGUAGGUCCUCCUAUGCCACCUCCAGGAGUUAUUCCACCUCCUCAAAUACCGCCGCAAUCCCCAUCUCCUUCUGGCCCUCAAGCUCCUUCUCCUCCAUCUAUAGAUUCAGCAGCAAGGCCGAGUGGACUUUACAAGAUGACUAAUUAUAAAUUAAUUUAUUUUGAUGCACGUGGAAUUUGUGAACCAAUUCGUUUACUUUUCCAUUACGCACAUGUACCUUUUGAUGAUGUUCGUAUUUCUCGAAAACAAUGGCUAGCUUUAAAAGAUAGUAAGUUUAUUUGGGGCGAUUAA